UAGAGUGACAACAAAUAUAAAACUAACGUUAUUUUUUUUGUUGAAAACAAUAUAUAACCUGAUUUUAACUCAAAAACCUUUUCGUAAAAAAUCAAAUUAAUAUUUACCUCAAUUGGAAAAAAAAAACUAAGCUGAAAAUGGGCAAAAAAUCAACAAAAAAUUUGAAUGACAAUAAAAGUCUGAGCAUGACUAAACGCAACGAAUUAAAUAAUCUUGUUAAUUCACUUCUUAAAUUGGUAUUUUUGGAAACAAAUAAUCCUUUGGAACUGUGGAAUCAAUAUUUGGAGUUACAUGCUUUGAUUGAAAGGAUAAGAAAUAUUGAGAAUGUGACUGUUAUAAAGAAAAGUAAUCAAAGAAUUACAUCUUUAGAAGCUUUCUCUAAAUUUAUGCAUGAUAAUGGAGCAAAAAUAGAUAGUGUAGAUGUAACUGAGUUUCCAGGAUAUGAUUUGGGCUUACGAGCUCAAAGAGAUUUUGAGAAAAAUGAAUUAUUUAUAACGAUUCCGGAUAAACUUGUUUUUAGUUUUGAUAAAGCUCCGAUGGAAGUUCAGCGUGCUGCAAAAACUGUAUCAUUAAUUUCUAGUAUGCCAAAUAUAAGUCUUGCAUUCUUUUUAUUGGUUGAACGUUUGAAUCCGAAAAGUUUUUGGAAGCCAUAUUUUGAUGUGUUACCUGAAAAGUAUUCGACUGUUAUGUAUUUUAAACCGAAUGAAUUGAACGAGUUAAAAGGUUCUAGUGCUCUAAAACCAGCUAUUAACCAAAUCAAAAAUAUUGCAAGACAAUAUGCAGUUUUAUACCAAAUUUACCAAAAAUUGGAAGAUGAUUAUGAAAACCCUAUUGGAAAAAUUCUUAAAGAUAAAUUCACAUUUGAUCUUUAUUGUUGGUCUGUGUCAACUGUUAUGACCCGACAAAACUUGAUUCCGACAAUAAAAAAUGAUAGUGUGACAAAACAACCUGCUUUAAUACCCUUUUGGGAUUUCGCUAAUCAUGCAAAUGGAUAUUUAUCAACCUCUUACAACAUUGAAAAGCAACAAGUAGAGAGUUUUGUACAAAAAAAAUACAAAAAAGGAGAGCAAAUAUUUAUUUUUUAUGGCAGCAGAAACAACACGGAUUUACUAGUUCAUAACGGGUUUGUUUGUGACAACAAUGAACAUGAAUGUAUCAUAACACAAUUAAGUUUAAGUUCUUCUGACAAAUUACUUGAUAAGCGUAUCAAAAUACUGGAUUUUUUGAAGAUGCCUAAAAGUGUUCUUGUUGAAAUACUUCCAGCACCAAUAUAUAUAUCUGAAAAGUUUCUAAGCUUUGCCAGAGUAUUCAACAUGACAAAAGACCAGUUAGAUCAGUGGAUUGAUUCAGGUCGAUCAGAAGAAUUAUUUAAUAUGAAUUGUAUUAUUGAAAGUGAUUGCGAAUUAAGAACGUGGAACUUUAUUAUUAACCGUUUGACUUUGCUGUUAAAAAUGUCGCCUACUUCUAUGGAAGAAGAUAAGCUAAUACUAGAAACUAGUAGCUCAAAGAUCAACAGAAUUAAGCAAAUGUUAAUACGAUUUCGAAUAAUUGAAAAGAAUCUUCUCAUUGAGGCUCUCGAAUUCUCCAAAAAGCAAAAAAAGCUUUUAGAAACACGUAGUGCAUAAAUCGCAUAAAAAAUAAUAUGUAUAAGGCAAGUACAAUUUAAAAAAAUGUUUCACAUUAUUUUGGACCUCAAAAAGUAAGGAGGUGGGAGUAAUGAAUAAUGAUAAUGAAAAACAAUAAUAUCAAUGAUUUUUGCAUCUUUUUCACCAUAUUUAAAACGUUAUAAUAUUCAAUUUUGUGCUUUAUAGACAUUUUAGAUCUUUUAUUUUAACAAUUGAUUCAUUUUCGAAACAAAAAAAAAAUUUAAAUUUUUAAAAAAAUUUCUAACGAUUUUUUUGAAAUUUAAAAUUUUUUUGGCAAAUUCCAAAUUAUAAAUUUUUUAAUUUUUUUCUGUGAAAAUUAGUCUAAUCCUUUGAAAAAUUGCAAAAUAUAACAAAAUUUAUAGACUUCAACCAAUUUUUGAUGAUUUUUAGUCAUUUGAUGAUCGUAUGUUUUGAAUGUAAAAAUAUUUCAAAACCAUUAUCAUUAUUCCAUUAUUCCCUCCUUGGAUUUUCGGAAAAAGUUAGGUGGGAGGACAUGUGAAACAUUUUUUGAAAUUGCACUUGCCUAAUUUAUUUGAGUUUUGUGAAGUUUGAUGUUUUUUUUCAUUUUUUGUGCAAUAGUUUACAAUAUAAAUACAUAAAAAACAUUGGCAAAUCAUUAUUUACCUAUUUAAAACCUCAUAAAUAUUAAAUACUAAAAAGGGUGUUCCAAGACCGUUUUCUUUAAAAUUUUGUUUUUUUUUUCAAAAUUUAAUUUUUUUACUACUUUUUUGACGUUUUUGAACGUUAAUCGUUGAUUGAACACAUUAAAAUAAUUUUUACUUUUAUUAUUUUAAGUUUUUAAGUCAAAACUUUAAUAAAAUUUCACAAAAUAAAAAUUUAAGAAAAAA